GACCCAGUAUCGAUUUUGUCGGGUCAACGCCACGAAAAAGCGGUUUCCAUCAAUAACAUUCAUUCUCUUCAAAAUAGCGGGAAUGAUCAUCGACUUCGGUACCGUCAUAACCCGUCUCCCACCGGCAGCUUACGAGGCACUCAAAUCCACCUUUGUGAAGGAGAUGAAAUCUUACAAAAAUGCCCCAGGCGUUUCCAUACUGGACACCUGCUUCGACUUCAGCAACACCACCGAGGAUAAGAUUAAGUUGCCGAGGAUAGGCUUUGAGUUCAGCGGGAACGUGAGUGUUGAUUUACCGGCCAGCGGGAUCCUGUACGUGAUUGAAAGCAACUUGUCAAAGGUGUGCUUGGCCUUUGCCGCGGUUUCACCCACACCUGAGAACAUCCACCUUCUCUUGCAAUUUGAUGGCAAAUGGGAUGGUAAUGGUGUUUUCUCUUACACAUAUGGAUAUGAGAUCGACAUUCCGAUUCAGGCUCCAUAUAAAGACUUAGCUUGCUGGAGAUAAUUCGUAAUACAGAUAUGUCUUCUUAUAAAAAUUUUGUUUUCAAGAUUUCGUAUAUGUCCAAUUCAUGCUCAAGUCAUGUCGUGAUUGACAAUGAUGUGAGCCUUCAUGUCUACCUUCGUCUGAAGAGCACAUAUCCCUCUCUAUGCGACUUCCCUUUGUGCGUUGAGUUAUGUCAAUUUGUAGAAAUGACUGUUUAUAAUAAUGGAGGGUCAGUCCC